AUGGGAAAAUUGGAACCUACUUGGCAAGGAAUCCCGUUUGAAAUCAAAGAGGUUGUUUUGAAAUAUUUGGAGUACAAAUCGAGAUUUCGUCUCCGAGUUUGCUCCAAAUCCGACAAAAAUCUGAUCGACAACUCUCCAGUAUUUCUAAAACAAGUUGAACUUUAUGAAAAUCCUCUAGUGCUCCGUAUAAAUAAUAAUCUGGAAAUGCAAGAAAAUGUGAUUGCUCAUUUUUUGGAAAUCUUCAAAAACAAGUAUUCCAAAGUUAAAUCUCUGAUUCUCGAUUCCAAACAACUGGCAAAACUUUCCCUGGAAUCUGAAAAUACGUUGAAAACCCGAGAAGUUUAUUUCAAAACUUUUGGAAUGUCUCAACAAAAUUUUGUUCGAUUAUUUCAAAAAAUUGAUUUGAAGUCGAUAAAAUCCAUUUCCUUUCGAAGAAAUCUGUCAGAAGACUUAAUUGACCAAUUAGCGAGAACUGACGCCUGGAAAAAUUCUCUUCAAAUUUUCUGCUAUGGACGGCAAGAUAUUCCAAUGGACCACGUGCUCGGCAGGAAUCACUUCAGAGCACAAGUCAUAAAUUUGGAGCCUGUUGGAAUUUGGAUUGCGGAGUUCAAGGAAAAACCUGAAAAGGUUCGAAAUGAGCAGUGGCAAUUUUCCACCGAGCACUCUUGCAGUUAUAUUUUCCCGGUCAACACUAAAAAUCGAAUUUUCGUCUUAAGAAUGAGAAGAUCCGGAUUCAAUGGAUACGAUAUUGAAGGAUACGUCUGUACGGAAAAUUAUACAGACGACGAAUUCGGAAAAUAUGGAUCCUGGAUUCCGAAGAAUCAUGAAAUUGUGAAUCACAGAAUUCGAAGAGGAAACUUUAAUAUUGUCAAUUUAGCGAACUACCUAUAG